AUGUGCAAACACGUCCUGAACGCGCAAGUCGCCAUCCGCUCACCAUGCUGCAAGAAAUGGUUCGACUGCGCCGAGUGCCACCAGGAGCAGGAGAGGCACCCUCUCAUGCAAACCUUCGACAUGACCUUCGCCUGUAAGAAGUGCAAGAAGUGCUUCCGCAAGGACGCGCAAGAGUUUGAGGAAUCCGACGAAUACUGCCCACACUGCGAUAACCACUUCGUCAUCGACGCUGUCACUCCCAAGGCCGCCAUCUCUGUCGAGGGCGAGGACGCCCGUAAGGACAGCCGCAUGAUCAAGGACGAGCGUGUCCGUCAAGUCGAAGGAAAGUCGAUAUUCGACCCUACCGACGAUGCGGACAAGUUGGGUUGA